CGGAAAUCUACCUGUUACACCCUUCGACCUGUCCUCACUUGAUUUUCACCGAUAUUUCCACUUUGUUCGUUCUUAACGCCUUGCAACAAUUUACGAUUCAGUCGCAACAUAAUGACUUCUUUGAACCACUCAACGUCCGACACCGCGUCUUCUUCCUCCGAUUAUAGUGCACCCUUUGACAGCCACAAAGUUGUCGAUGUCAAUGCCAAUGAUCCAGCUGUCCAAGAUUACGAUUACAGCUCGUAUGAUGAAUUUUGUAUGAUGAUGAGAAUACGUGCAGGGGUUGAAAUUAAAGAGACAGACCGAGAACGAUCAAAUGAACUGACAACUACUUCCCACUCACCGAAGAAGUUUUCGUAUGUCUCGAAUUGGCGGGAAAAGGUCGACACUUCGUCUAAUCUGACGAUAAUGGUUCCUCCCUCUCCGUUAUUCCAUUCUUUCGACUCCCCCUCAUCUCCUGUGGCUUCAAUUGACCCAUCGCGACUUCAUGUUACAUCAAUCCCUCCAUCGUCGGAUUACGAACACUCCUCCUAUUACUACUCCCCUUCCUCGUCAUCUGGCACCGGCCAAUCCGAGUUUCUUCAUCAACGUGGUACGGUGGGACAUCUCACUAAAGCAGACGAAGACAUGCUUCCCGCCUUUCAUCAUGAACUAUAUGAUGCUCCCUAUACACCCACACUCGACGAUGAAGUUUCUACAAUAGAAACAUCAUCCUCGUUGUCGAUGUCUCCUGAUCCCGCAUUCCCUAAGGUGUACAUACCAGUUCCGCAAGGUACGUCUACUGUAUCGUCAGGGGUAGACACACGUACUUAUCGGACACAUCCUUGUCGUAUAGUUGGUCCCACAGGUUAUAAUCAUAUCAAGCCAACAAAGUCAACUCGUUUCCGGAACGUUUCAUCUGCGAUUCGAUGGUUGCCCACGCGGAUAAAGUACUCUAUCCUCUCACAGACUGCACAUCGAAGAGCGUCUCGAAAAUGAUUUAUUAUCAUUUUCCUCGACCCUUUCAGAGAAUGGGGGCAUUCUACAUCCACACAGUCUUUACUCCCCAUUAUUGAGACCUUUUGGUCUAGUCCUCUCUUUGCUCCUCACUCUGCUCCUCUCUUGUGCAUCCUCCGGUGCU